AUGCUCUACUUGGUCGGUUUGGGUCUCGGCGACGCCGCCGACAUCACCGUCAAGGGUUUGCAGGUGGUCAAGAAAUGUUCGCGAGUCUACUUGGAGGCCUACACCUCCAUCUUGACUGUGGGCAAGGAAGCGCUGGAGGAGUUUUACGGAAAGGACGUGAUCUUGGCCGAUCGCGAUAUGGUGGAGCAGGAAGCCGAGCGCAUCCUGAAGGAGGCCGAGGAGACGGACGUGGCCUUCCUGGUGGUGGGCGACCCCUUCGGCGCCACCACGCACAGCGACCUGGUGCUGAGAGCCACGCGGGCCGGGAUUCCCUACCGAGUGGUCCACAACGCCUCCGUCAUCAACGCCGUGGGCUGCUGCGGCCUGCAGCUGUACAACUUUGGCGAGACGGUAUCUCUGGUCUUCUGGACCGAGUCGUGGCGACCCGAGAGCUUCUACGACAAGAUCCUCCAGAACCGGGAGGCCGGUCUGCACACGCUCUGUUUGCUGGAUAUCAAAGUCAAAGAGCAGUCCUUGGAGAACUUGAUGAGAGGCAAGAAGAUCUACGAGGAGCCCCGUUUCAUGAGCGCCUCCCAGGCGGCCUCUCAGCUGCUGGAAAUCGUCCGGAGGAGGCGGGAUCGGGGGGAGGAGCCCCGUCGCGCCGGCCUGACGGAAGACACUCCGUGCGUGGGCGUGGCCAGACUGGGCGCCGCCGACCAGAAGAUCCGCGUGGCCACGUUGGCCGAGAUGAGCGCGCGCGACGAGCUGGGCGCCCCGCUCCACUCGCUGGUGCUCCCCGGCAAGCUCCACCCGCUGGAGGCGGAGAUGUUGCGGCUCUACGCCACCGACGACGUCCUGCCGCGCCUGCCCCUGGACUCCUGA